CUGGAGUUGGUUAGUUGCUGUGAGGACAAGGUGGAGUCAGUGCUAGAGGAGAUGCCUACAAGAAACAUGAAGGAGCAUAAGAGAAAAUAAUGUGCAGUGUCUCCAGCUUUCCAGAGAUGGGACUUUCAAGGUCAAUAUCAGUACUUUUAUUGCCUCAUAAAGGGAAGCCUGAAAUGAUCAAGAUUCCUGUCUGAAAGUUGCUAUAAAAGCAAGAGGAACUCUGUUGUCUGCCUACACCUUGUACAGCUGAUCUCUUACCAUAAUCAAACAUUAAUCUGACAACAAAGGAGGUGAGAACAGUCCACAGAUUAUGAAAUCCAGCUAGUGAGCCUGAGACGGAUCAGUUAGCUUCUGAUAAAAAGGCUGUCAAGGACCCAACUUGAGACACAGUGCAGUGCUCUGGAGUAAAAGUACAGCAAGAGUUUACCUGGAAGUAGCUGUAUGUGCAUGUUAGUGUUUGACAGCAAGGUUUAUCAAAUUUCAGCAGUUCUCCAUAGCCCAGUGAAAUCAUCACAGAUCCAUUUUAUUCAGCUGAGUCUUGCUGCUCUGUGUUCUUGUUUUGAGCUAUGGGUGAGUGCAAAGCAGGAUGAAUGUACUGCUAUACAUCUAAUUCAGUUACUGGAAUUGCUUCUGUUUUCUGAGUUCAAACAGCCUUUCCAGAGGGCACACAGCAGUGCUAGGAGCGGUAAAUAAGAGCUCAGAUCUCUGUGCACAAGCAGAGAUAACAUUCCUUGGCUGUGCCUUGAUGCUGAGGACCCUCUACUAGCAGGAGCUUCAAAGGCCAUGAACAUGAUAAGCCAUGGCUAAAAAUCCUUUGCUGUACCUGAGAAAAUGGAUGUCUUCAACUGAGGAAUGAGAUUGGAUGUGGAUCUUGACUGGGUUGUUCUUUCCAUGGGAAGGACCCUGGAAAAGGAGUGCAAGAGAGGGGUUCUCAAAGAGCAUGCCUGACAUCAGAUCCCUGCUCUUUCCAUCAUGUUCCAGUGCCUCUGAAAUGCUCAGCUUUACCACCAUGACACCAACAAGUUCAUGUGAGGGUUUGACCAUGAGUACCCAGCCACACACUGUGACCAAGGCAGAGAUCCCUGGCCAUGUUCUUUACACCGUAGGAACGUGUGUGCUCAUUAUUGGCUCCAUUGGCAUCAUUGGAAACCUCCUAGUCCUCUACGCAUUUUACAGCAACAAGAAGCUGAGGACUCCCCAAAACUACUUUAUAAUGAAUUUAGCUGUGAGCGACUUCCUGAUGUCGGCUUCUCAGGCACCCAUGUGCUUUGUCAACAGCUUGCACAGAGAAUGGAUACUUGGAGACAUAGGCUGUAACCUGUAUGCUUUCUGCGGGGCUCUCUUUGGGAUAACCUCGAUGAUGACUCUGCUGGCCAUCUCUGUGGACCGCUACCUGGUGAUCACAAAGCCCCUGCAGUCCAUCCAGUGGACUUCCAAGAGACGCACCGUGCAGAUCAUCGCCCUGGUGUGGCUCUACUCGCUGGGAUGGAGCGUGGCUCCGCUCCUCGGCUGGAGUUCCUAUGUGCCUGAGGGCUUGAUGAUAUCCUGCACAUGGGACUAUGUAACCUACUCCCCUGCAAACAGAAGCUACACGAUGAUUUUAUGCUGCUGUGUGUUUUUUAUUCCCCUGGUAAUAAUAUUCCACUGCUAUUUAUCGAUGUUCCUGGCCAUAAGGCGUACUGGCAGAGAUGUUGAAAAGCUGGGAUCCUGCAGCCGGAAAUCCUACCUCUCUCAGUCCAUGAAGAAUGAGUGGAAGCUGGCAAAAAUUGCUUUUGUGGUCAUCAUUGUGUUUGUCUUGUCCUGGUCUCCAUAUGCUUGUGUCACCUUAAUUGCCUGGGCAGGUCGAGGCAACAGCCUAACACCAUAUUCCAAAUCUGUGCCAGCAGUUAUUGCCAAAGCUUCUGCAAUCUACAACCCCAUCAUUUAUGCAAUAAUUCACCCAAGAUACAGGAAAACCAUCCACAGAGCUGUUCCCUGCUUGAGGUUCCUGAUACGAAUAUCGAAGAAUGACCUCCUGAGGGGAUCCAUAAAUGAGUCAUCCUUCAGGACCUCUCUCUGCAGCCACCACUCUCUUGCUGGCAGGACCAAGAGCACUUGUGUUUCCUCUGUUUCUACUGGAGAAGCUACCUGGAGCAAUGUAGAGCUCGACCCUGUGGAGCCAGCUCAAGAGAAACUGAAGCCUCGCCGAAGUCAUUCUUUCUCCACAGGUGUGAGACAAGAGAAGAGAGACCUGCUCCCAAAGACCUGCAGCUAUGAUGCAGCCACUGCCCCAAAGGUUUCACUCUCCUCCAGUUCUUUGGAGAAGGUGCUUGGGCAGCCUGUCCUACCCAGUCCCUCUGCAGCACUCAUGACCAGCUCCCUGAGAGCAGCUUCUCUGCCUGUCAGAUUGAAUAGCAGCAGUGUCACCAGUGGAGACUCAAGUACUUCCCAUAUGGCAGCUCAAGGAAGUCAAGUGAAUGGAAUUGUGGAUUCUCUGACUAGCAAUGCAGUCCCUCGCAUCAUCAUCAUUCCUACCUCAGAGACCAAUCUGUUUCAGGAAGAACUGGAAGAGGAAGAGACUGAAUUAUUCCACUUUCAUGACAAAAAGAGCAAUCUGCUGGACUUGGAAGGGCUUAGCUCAUCCAUGGAGUUCCUUGAAGCUGUUGAGAAAUUUCUAUCCUAAGUUUGUCAAAAGAAAACUUUCCAGUAAUUAUUUUCUUGGCAUCUUCUCCACUUAAUUAUACCAAAUAACUGAAGCCUUGUACGUUAGAUAAUCAGAUUUUUUUUAAUUUAUUUUUAUAUAGUAGUCACUAGACAGCCUUCAGAUUUAUCUUUGUCCAAACCAGCUCAGGCAUGGAAACAGGCUUUCUUUCAGAUUGUGCUGCAGGAAACGAGCAGUGGAAGAUCUGGCAGCAGGACCGAGUGGCAUUGGUCAAAGGAGGCCGCCUGAUCUGGUGCCACUGAUGGUGACACGGUGGGGGUGCCACUGAUGGGGGUGCCAGCAGAAGGGAAAAUGACUGACUGAGAGCAGGGUCAUCUGCUGAAUUCUUCUGCUAUCUGCAUGUGGAGCAGCAUUCCUGUUUUGGCAGCUCUGCUCUGGACAGUGAUGGAAAGCUUUGAGAGACCGCAGUGUCCACCAGCCCCAGCAGUAAGGCAGAUGGCUACAUGACCUCAACUAGAGUUUAAUCAAAUAAUUCUCAGCAUUGUUUUUGCUGUGUUUUAUUUUUUAAAUAGGCAGCAUGCUAAACAUAAGGAAAGAAACUGGUGGUUUUUCACUGGGAAGUGACUGAUUCCCAGCUUCCAAUCCUCUGAAGUUUAGUGGUAGAAAUCUGGAUUUUACCUCAGCAUUAGCAUGGUCACCUAAAUGUCAAAAUGCAAGGUGCUAUAUGCUAAAACAUACAGUACUGUAGAAGCAUUCAGAGUACCUUCAGAGUUACAGUCCUGAUUAAAUAUGUAUGUAUCCUAAUGAGUCUGUGAUUGAAAGGGUGAAUGCUCACAGCUGGCUUGACAAGUCAUUGACAAAAAUAAAGCCUUGGCUGCUGUAUAUCACUUGUCUGUUCAGAGGAGGUUAUCUCCUCUAAAACAAACCAGCAGAUGUCUUUUACAGGUCACUUACCAGAGGCCUUCAAAGUGGGUAUAACAUCACCAUGGGGAGAGAACCACACAAUACUGUGGUGUUUGCUACAGGAUCUGCACUUAGAUCAUUAUCUGUGGUUACUCAUUGUGCUCAUUUUAUCUGUGCUUCACAUUAUGGCUCAGGCUCACAGGACUCUCCUAGCAUUUUAAUCCUAACUGCACUCUUCCUUUUUUUACUCAUCUGCCCAUUUCUCUGUGUCUUCCCUUUCAGUUUCUGAUUUUCAGAUAUAGACAACAAGUUGAACUACAUUGUUUUUCACAUAAUAUCAAUAUAUAUUAGUAGAAAUCAGGUGCUUCUCUGGAUAUAAUAGUGCAAAUAUUUGGUCCAGGGAGACUAAUAGCAUUCAGACAUUCAACAAGAGAGUGAAAGUUUAUGUUCAUAGUCUCAGUUUGUUUCCUUGGCUGUGUCCUAGAUUGUGCAGAGAACAGUGAGAGAACUUCCAGGUUUUGUGUAUUGCACUGCCUGAUCUCGGGAAGUAAUUUCUGUUUGCCCAUUUUCCUGAUGCAAAAACCAGAUGGGAAGCAUAAAAAUGCUUUUAAUUAAUUUUUUCAUUACAAAAAAAGAUAGCACAAAUCUUGUUUUCAAUGAGCUAGACAGGACCACCACUAAAGAACAAAUUAAAACCCAGAGCAGCACAAGAGUGUGAAGAAUGCCUCCAAACUUGCACAUCUGAGGCUCUGCAAGGUGCCAGAUUGUUGAGAGGACUGACACUUCCUUUUGAUAUAGGCUGUACAAUUUUUAGAAAAGGAAAACCAAAAAAUGGCACUGGCAGGUUACAGAGGUGAUUGCUGUGACAGGCUGCCUAAUGCAGUCCUGUUACUCUUAAUGCUGCCAUUCUCUGAGGUGCUCUGCUGGCUAGAGACCCUCAUACUUCCUUACUGUGGAAAGCAGGGAGGAAAUCGAGGAUGGAGCCCCAUCAUGCGAGCACUGCCUGUGUGUAUCCCUGGUGUGUGGUGCUGGGGACCAAGGCUCGGCUGGGGCAGCACCCGGCUGUGGUUCCUGCAGCCAGACUGCCAAAGCUUGUGCCCAUUGUGUGCCGAGUUUUCUAACAGGGACAGGAAUCGCACCAAGGUCAUCUGCAAUGAGCUCAGCAAUUCCAAGGGCAAUUCCUCCAUCUGAAGACUGGCACAGUGAGCAGGCAGUGCAGGACAGCUGCCGGGGACUGGGACAGGGACGUGCUCACUUGCAGUUCCACAGCGUCAGGUUUUCAUCCACUGCAUAGUUUUGGCCACAAUGAGUAAUCAAAUGUUAAUUAUGUAUUAUGUUCAUGGGAAAUGGGGCAGCCUUAGCCCUAGACUAAACAUACUGCCCUGCCAUCUUGGAUUCUUGUCCUUUUUUUUUGCUGAACCUGCCAUUUCUGCAGGUUUUUCCAAUUUUUUUUCCUACACCAACUGUGCAGUCAGUGACCUUACUUCUUGCAUUUAAUAUCCUCAGCUAUUGCAUCUUUUUUAUUCUUGAUCCAGAUGUUAGGAAGCAAGUGUUCUUUCAAGGCUUACAAGCCUUAGACCUGACUUGUACUGUUGUAAUUACUCCAGAUAACAAUAGAAAAUGCAUUUGGUGUUCCAUGUUAUAAAAACAUCCUGGGAAGGAUGUAGGCAGCGUAUUGCUAUAGAUUUUGGCAGGAUGAAGAAUGGAAGACCUGAAGUCAUAGCCAACAAAUUCCUCCAUAUCUGAAGUUUUGCGUUCUACCUGUUAAUCUACAAGAAAGCUCUCCAGUGAUCUCUUGUAUGUGUUUGGUACUAUUAGUGCUGGUACUGUGAGUGUGUCUCAGAAAAUUAGCAGGCUUGAGGUAUGUGCAAACAAUGUUUCACUUUAGUGCUGUUAGUGUCAUACACUGUUAGUGCCAUUGCUUCAGAAGCUGCUAUCAAGAUUACUGCUUGUCUAAACUGAUGCAGGAUAAAAUACUAAAUUGUAUAAUAGUAGAGAGAUAAAACCCAAAGUUGUAAGAAAUACCAGAUAAAUUUACUGCACUUACUGUGAGACUUAUGCAGAAACGUCAGUCACAGAGUAAAUUAGUCUCAAAUUGAAUUAUACAAUGCAGGAGAAUUUUGCAAGCUUCUCUGUUGCCAC